GUUAUCACAACCUAUUCAGGGCACACCUACAUCAACCUCUGACCUAUCUCAAGGUGCAGACAUUUUGUGGGAUAUGUUUUCCUCCGAGCUCGACAUGACCUUCCAAAGUGCGGAAAAUUGCGACCCCUUUCAACCAUUUGCUUCUGCCGGCCAUAGCACUUCUUUUGAUUUUGACGACUUUAUCUGCAACUGGGGUGAAGAAACCCCAAGCACUGUAUGUCCCCCAACGGACCAUCCCAAACAUCCGUGGGACCCCCCUUUUCUGUUAAUGGGAAAAGAAAGUACGUCUUUCGAAAUGGCACCAGCGCCUCAGAACUUGCUAGAGGCAGGGGACGGUGCUGCCGCUUCUCGUCCGCCGCACGACAUGCUUAACAGUCCGAUCGAUUGGGACGAGAUGCCCGAUUUUGGAACAGAGCCUGCAAGAGCAGCGCCACCUACUUCUAACUCUCAAGUUUUUAGUGGCAACAUUACCCAGCCACGGGACUCUUUGCAGGUGCUCAAAGGGAAGGUGAUCUUCGGGAGAAAUUUUUACAGCUUUAACCAAGCCGAGACCCCUGAAUGGAAGCGAGUCACCGGCGCACGGACUCGCUGCAAGGCCUGCGAUCCGAUCGUACCCCACUUCAAGAACAAGAGAUGGGUCUUCUAUCCUUCUAAUUCUGAUGUACGAAUUGUCGUGAGCUGCUCAUGGUCGUCAUGUGAAAGACUCCGUCCUAAGGUCAAAGAUGGCGAAUUUGGUCUAGACCGCGCAUGCAAGGACCUUCAAGAGAAAGCAAAAUGUUCCGAAACUGGUGCCGUGCCCUAGUCAACGAGCUAGCUCAUCAAAACUAGGUGGACCAGAGGGCGAGAAGGCUCCAGCCUCAUGAUGCAUUUUCAAGACGGCUUUCUUCUAUUACAGAGCUGGAAUAGAUAAACACAUGCUCCAGGAUCUGCAAGGAGCCAUAUCAGAGUCGAAAUGAGACAAUGAAAUCGAAAGACGAAGUAGGG